AAAUUCAAAUUUUUAACAAAAGCAAAAGGUUUAACAAAAUUGUUUGAGGAAAAUGCCUCCUAAAGCAAGAAAGGGUAAAAAACAGAAAUCUCCUAAAGGACCACCGGAAAGAGUAUACGAAUUUAUUACACUCGAUGAAAUGAAGGCACGGGAGCAAAAAUAUUCCAAUCGUUUAAAUGAUUUAAGGGUCUGUCUCAAUUUUAUUGACGAUGCCCUCAUACAGGUGGAAAAAUUAGAUGAACUGCAGCUAAUUGCCGAUAAAUGGCAUAACUUCCUGACCUGCAAUCCCUUGCCCAAACCCUAUUUACCACCCGAUUUGCGGUUAUUUUUUACCAAAUUAAAAUUUUUCGAAUCCCGAAAUAUCGAAGCGAACAUCGAUUGGCCAUUGGCCGUCAACGAACGUAGCAUUUUGGCACAAAAUAUAUUUCGUAAAAAUCUAACACGCUCGCAUUUGCAACAUCGCAUAAAACCGGAAUUUGGUCUACAAUAUAAUGGUCAUGUCAAUGAUUGUCUGAGCGUUAUACGUCGUAUUGAAUAUUUUUUGGCCAAUGAUGUUGAGGUGGUUAAAUGUCCUCUGCCGAAUUUGGAAGAUAUUAAGGAAUUGAAAAUUGUUGUCCAAGACGAGAUUUUGGAAUUUUUCAAUCGUUAUACAUAUCGGGUGCUGUGCGGCGAGGAGGCGUACAUGAUUCCUGUUGAUCCCAUAACUAUGGAAUAUUGCUUCUCUGGUGAUAAUUUUCAAAUGCAUAUUUGGUCCUUGAAGAAUGUUCCUGUAAGGAUUUCACAUUUGGAUGAACCUCGUCUGGUGGCCAAUUUCCAUCAAAUCCAACUUCAACUCCACAUCCCAUCCACUAUGUUGUCGGAAAAUCUUACCAUUCGUGCCAUUCGCAUGAAUUUCGAUCAUUUGAGUGAAAAGGCCAAAAGUUUUACUCAGCUAAUUACAGUGCCAGUGGACAACUUAAAUGCUGGAAUUCAAGAUCUGCAUGAAUGCCUAAUCAAUGAAUGGCUGAUGCAAUUGGAUUUACAAAAUCGCGUACGAGAAGAUUUAAUACAAAAGCGACUAGACUAUGAGGAACAAUUACGGCAAUAUGAAGAAGAACAAGCGAAAAAGAAGGGCAAGAAAGCAGCCAGCGAUGAAGGCGAUGGUAAGAAGUCAAAGAAAACGAAAAUUGUUAAACCCACCAAAGAACCGCCCAUAAUUGAGGCCGACGUAGUUCCGGAUACCUAUGCGGAUUUUCUUGAAGAAGAACAAAAACAAUAUGAAUCAUUUAUAAAUACCAUCUAUAAUCCGGAAACAUUGGAUUUGGAUAGCGAUGAGAUAAAUUUGAAAAAGUUUUUCAUAUUGGGCGGAGUCUAUCAGCUGUACUAUGUCAGCAAACCAAAUCAUGUGGAUUUGGAUUUUGAGCGUUUCAAUAUGACCUGGCAUUAUAAUGAGGGGAAAUUGAAAAUUGAUGAAGAUAUGUUCAUACCUCCAACAUCCAGAUUUAUGGCUAGGCGCACAACUCGCCUAAUGAGCCAUUUGAGUCUGAGUCGCAUGUCUAGGUUGGAUAAGAAUUUGAAUGUUUCCAAAUCUUCCACGGAUCCCGAGUGCCCUUGGUUUGUUUUGACUUUCAAAUUGCCGGAAUAUCUAUGCCACUGGGGUGAGCCAUUGGCAUGUCAUUAUGAAAUAAUUGAAAAGAUUUUGGAAGAGAAGGAAGAAGUAGUGCCAGCUCCCAUGGUCAGUUCCAUGAAAAAGUCCAAGGGUCCGAGAAAAUUGCCUUCCAAAGUAUCCUUAACUGGGAUCCAAACUCAUCCUGUGGCAGAAUCUUUUCCCCUAAAUCGUUCCUACGCCAGCGAGGCCGGAAAUUCCAUGUUGAAACUACGACGUCUCGGUGCCUCUCACCGUUUCUCCCAGGGUAAUUUCUUUCAAUCUUCCCUGUCGCUGCGUAUCAGCCAAGCCGAUAUUCCACGCAGGGCUCGCAGCUCUGAUGGCACCUUGAAUGUGGAGGAUUUCUUUAUAAAUUGUCUUCUAAAUAAGGCACAAGUUCGCCAUUUGCAAAGGCAUUGUGUGCCUCGAAUUAUUUCAUCUUUUAAGUUUCCCAAAGAAUUGAGGGAGGAAGAAUUGGAGGCAUUUCGCAAAAAGCCCAAAAGCAAAGGUGGAACUCUGCUAAGGAAGCAGCAGGAGGCCCUGGAGAAAAGCAAUGCCAAAAAGCAAGCAAUGAAAACAGAAUUUUCCUACAGCGUUAUGCAAAACAACCCCGAACGUCUUUAUCCCACUUAUCCAAGGGAGGAAUUGCUGCGGAUUGUCAAAUAUCUGCCAGAUGACAGCGAUGAGCAAAGUCACGAACCCAAAACCUUUCUCGAACUACUUCGCCUACUCAAUUCCAUAAAAUCCAAAUAUAAAAACCGACCGCGACUUAUUUUAGAUUUGAAAACCAUAAAAUCCAAAACGAAAUGGCAAAAUAAACGUUUGAAAUAUUUUUUCAAAAAAUAUGAUCGCCCAACACUACAACGGUCCAUAAGUAUGGAAAAGAAUAUUGGAAAAGCAACGAAACGUAUAGCUGCCAAACAUAAGGAGGAAAAUUUAAAGUCUUCCCUCGCAAGUGAAAGUAAACGAGAUUUGCGGCGUGAAACAAGUAAAGUACAAAUUGUUGAGCCAUCUCCAGGUCAGGAGCCACCAGAUGUCUCCGUAUUGGAUAUAAGUUCAGAGUCUCAGGUUAAAGUGGAAAAAUUUGCAAGGAAAGAACCAAAGAAGUUACGUUACUCCCAUUGGACCACAAGACAUAUUCUUCACUCGGAAUAUGAUCAAGAGAAGCAAACAAUGACCAUACAAACGGAUCGAUUGGGCUAUAUCGGGUUCGCCUUUAAGCGUUAUGAGCAUUUUCCUUUCAAAUAUUGGAGUUUGGAACCUAGCCAAGAAGAUCCCGAUAAUGAGGUGAUUUUCACCCUCGAAACACAAUAUGUUCGCUGUGUGCUGUACUGUACCCCAAAUGGCAUAAGGGGUCAUGUUACCGAACCCACAAAGAAAUUCGUACGAAAUCCCAAAAUGUAUUUAAUUAUUGAGAAGCCGAUGAAAGACUAUAAGGAGUUCAAGAAAAUAUUUAAAGAAAAUUAUUUGAAUAUUUUCGCUGAACAUGAUGCAUGCUAUUACAUUGAAAAUGGAUAUUUUUCUGAAAAACAUUUAGCCACCGAAAUGCAUAGCUAUUGUUGCAUGGCCAUCCAUAGCACCCAAAUGAAAUUCCAGUUUUCUCAAUGGAAUCGUUUGGCCAAGAGACGUGACAUAAUUUUGAAGUUUGAACAGUACAAAGAUCUGCCCGAAAAUAUGGUGGAGGUGCGCAUUACCCCUGAGGAGGCAUUUUUCGUUGAAAUUACGGAAUUGUGUUCAGAUGAUUUGGAUGUCAUUAAGUUGCAGUAUAGCAAUACGUGGCGAAAUAUUGGUACCUAUACCGACCUACAUCAUCUGAUCAAUUCCAUGUAUCCAGCUGCCACAGAUUUGAGGUGCAAAAAUCCUAAAUUGAUUUCGUGCAUUCGAGAUUUGCUAAAUGAAAUACGGCCUUUGAGUUUUUCGUGAUAUUAAAUAAUUUAAUUUUUUGAUUUCUUUUUUUUAAUUUUGAAGUUUUAAUAAAGUUGUUUAGAUAUUUCAAUAUUCCA